GUUGAACUCGUUGCUAGGGUAGAAAAUCGAUUUGAAAGAGGACUCGCCGUAGAAUCGUCCACUGGUAUAAGAUGGACUACAACUAAAAUCGAUAUCGUUUUUCUCCUAGAAAGUAAAACAUACCAGAGGUUCAGGUCUUUUGCUUUCUUGAAAAACCUGUUGCAGACUGGGGAUGUAGUAAUUCGUUGCUAGCUUCGCCUUUUACGGCAGUAAACCGCAAAAUGCCUCUGGGAUAUGGAGAAACGCUACUGCGGAGCCUCCUGGCAAUUGAGGACGGCGGAUCGGGUGACGCGCACGCGCAUGCCGAUGCGCAGUCCGUCUCCGGGCACUACGCAUCAUUGAAACAUGUCCCUUGCAAAAGCAGUUUUCAUUCCGCAACGACAGACGCGCCUGCCAUUGGUGAAACUGCUUUUUUGAGGACGAAAUAUUUGCGGACGCCGAUAGAGACCGGCCUUUUGAGCCAAGGUCUCACUCAGGACUGCCCUUCGAAUCUGCCUUUGCACAGCCAGCGGAAGUCUACAGUCCUCAAUGGCAGCCACAGAGCAGGGAUAUCUUCGUUUCUCGAUUUGGAGAACUGGGACCCCCUUCAUUUUCGCACGGCGAAAUUGGAUCCGACAAAACCCCUCAUUUUCCAAGAUAUAGACGGCGUGCUCAACAACGAAGUACUCGAUUUUCUAGGAAAAUGAAGACUAGGAGACUCUUGUAUUGCAACUACAACCAAGUCCUCCUACUCGGUAGAUGAAUUAACAAUUUAGGCGAUCAAAACAUGAAAGACACUCACCGCGAGGAUAACCAUAAUCUGCUCCAUCACCAAUCAUCAUCUCAGUGGGACGCCUCGAUGCUUUCUGAUAAGCUUGUCGCGCGAUUAGAUGACGUGGUCGGGCAGACCGAUGCACAGAUCGUCUUAUCAUCACACUGGCGAAAGACGCCUCGACUAGUGGAUAUCCUAUUCGACAAGCUGUCGCACACGAAAAAUCACCUAGACGAGCGUGUCGUGGGUGCAACGCCCUCACUGUGUCGCGGUGUAGAAUGCAGGGCGAAGGAAAUCUGGGCGUGGCUCACGCAGCACCACGAUACAGCUCCUGCAGACGGUAGUCACCGCGUUGAUGACGGCCAGCUGAAGGAAACCGGAACCGCUGCAACAGCAACGGUUGGUGAUGGAGGCCAAGUUACGGCACCUUCCGGAACAAACAAGUCAGCUACAGGACUACUCCAUGGCAACAGCCAUCAUCGCAGUUUCUUCGAUUACAAAACGAAUGAGAACUGGAUUGCCAUCGAUGACUGGAACCUGUAUGAGCAACAGGACGGCGGCCACUUGGUGGACCAUUUCGUGAAUACGGAUCCUAACUUCGGGUUGACACAGGAGAACGCAGAGGAAGCCGUGAAACUCCUGCAAAGACCAGUGAUGACGGACGAAAACCACCCGGCUUUCCCUAUGGGUCUUGGGGAUCAGGCUCCACUCGCAGCCCUCGGAUCCGCUACGGCGUUGGGAUCCGCGACUGCGCUUGGCUCGGCCACGGUGUCAGAUACUGCUCUCGCGUCUUCUACCGUCGUGAAUGACGAAUCUCUCUUGGCCGCCGCACCGGGAGCAGCAACAGCAGGUGUAGUGGAACUGGGCGGAAAUGCAACUGCGGCAUCGGCCGCUAGCAGUGACUUCUUCGGGAAUGAUGCAGCUACGACAGUGGCGGGCGAUGCAGAACAGGACGCCGCAGCUGGUGCUGCAUCAUCCACAACCGCAAUCGAAACUACGGCAACGCCAACUUCUGCGGUGGACGCGUCAGCAGGCGCAUCUUCGGCAGUGACAACGUCAGCGGCUGCUGAUGUCGCAGGCGACGCUAGUGCCACUCCAGCAGCUGUCACUAGCAGUGCUGUUACGUCUGCCGAAGAUGCCGGUGGCGGCGUCGGCGGCGCGUUUUUCUCCUCAGCACCAGAACAAGCGAGUACCGCAGCGACCGACGCGGAGACGGCUGUUGCAGGUGACAGUAGCCCAUUAGCCGCCGCUCGUCUAGCUGACGCUGCCAACAUGGACGAGAACGUGCGUAAUUUUCUGCUCACCGAGACGGAAGAGGAAGCAGUAGUACCUAUCAUCGCAGAACUUUAAACAAAUAAGAACAAACGUACGCCAUUGCUUUACGGUUCUUCAUCUAGUUCAUUCAUCAUUGCAAUUGUAUUGAGUUUAUAUCUUGGUUUUUUUUUCCUCCGAUUUAUGUACUUAUUUAAAAAAACGAUGUUAAUAUUGUCUUCAUCUCCUGUUUUUCUUUUUGUUCUUAUCCUCACGCACCGACGAAAUCUGGGGACAAAGUCGUCCCGAUUUGUAGUCGACAAAAAACAAGUAGUGAUUUGCACUUAUCUAUCAGUAGUAUGUCCUGCGAUUGCGAAAGGAUGUUAAUUCUUUUUCGUUUUCGUGAUGGUUUUUCGAUUAACAUCGAGGAACGCCUCGUUGGUUAACCAAGGGCCGCGUUUGGGAGCUUAUUCACAAUAACAAUUUCUUUAGGAAGAUGUGAUGUUUGAAACACAAAGAUAACUUACCAGUCAAAAACUUGAGCUAUAGUUGUGCAACUUCACCGAGUCAAGGAAAUCAGGAUAGAGAAACUUGGAAAAAUUCUUGAAAAAAUUGUGACACAAGAUUACAAAUGAAAACGUCCACAAGAGACUAAUUUCCAAGAAAGAAAGCUCAUUGAUAACAGCAUCGACCUGGGUUCGACAUUCCUGUUUGUUACAUUAUUUCUUCGAAUUCUAUGUCUAUCACGCUGACCAGAAUCUUCGUUCUCGAACCCUUCCUUCCUUGAACAGAAGCGCAACAAUCUGAGCAAUG